AUGAGUUACAUCGAACUUGACGAUGACAAGGAAUCGGCGACAGAACGGAUCGGAGAAACGUUGAGGGAGGCACGAGAAGCAGCAACUAUCGACAAGAAGUUAACAUGUCUAUCGACGGCGAUGCAUUUACUAAUCGAUCCCAAUAUCUCCAACAACGUUCUCGACAACUUUCUAACCGAAAUGUUGGAAUUCGCAGAGCUCAACGACUACCGUAUCAUAUGCCUUAUCAUUGAUUUUCUACAAAAAGCGAGUGCGAAAGACUUGACGAUCUGUAACAAAGCCGUCGAGAGAUACAACUUUUAUUUGAUUCCGAACGACAACAUUUCACACAACGAAAGUGUCAUCAAGCGAGUAGUUGUAGCAUCCACAAGUCUGUAUCCGGUUGUUCUAGAAUUUGCGAUAAUGGAUAAAAAUGAUAAAGCAGAAAGUUGUUGGGAGGCAUUCAAUCUGUUGAAAAGUCGAAUAUGCAAUCUUGUUAAUGAUCCUCACGAAGGCAUUAGAACUGUUACUGUCAAAUUCCUAGAAGCUCUUAUCCUUUGCCAAUCACCGGCUCCAAAAGAAAUGUCCGCUGAAUGGGCGAAGGAAGCAAACACCCGAUUCCAUAAAAUCUCACUAUCCGACAUCCCAAGAAGCCAUCGCUUCCUAUCGAUUCACAAAGCGCAGCUAGAAGCCGAACAAAACUUCACAGCUCUAAUCACGCAAACCACUGUAGCCGAUAUCACCUCUCAAAAUUUAAUCGCUGUCAUCGAGUGUCUUUGCAUGAUUAGUAGAUGUCGUCCACUUUGGGAGGAAGCUAUGCCACGUGUCUUCGAAGUAAUCAAAACUCUCCAUUCAAAUGUUCCAGCAAUGCUCAGCAAAGGACAAGUGAAGUUCCUGAGAAAGUCUUUCAAGUCGAAUUUGCUUCGGUUCCUGAAAAUCCCAGCAUCCGUCAAUCCACAAUACAAUCUUCAACCUAAAAUUAUGGGAAUGCUCACAAACUACCUGGGUGCUUCGGCAAGAGAAGUAAACCAGUCUAUUCCUCCAGACCUCAUCAAGUCGCCAACUCCAGCAAGAGCUACGUUUGCAGAGCCUGCUGCUAAACGAGCCAAGGUUAAUAAUCCGAUUUAUGAUGACGAUGAUGAGGGGGAAGGAUCAGAAGCGUCAACGAGUAAAGCCAAGAUGGAUGCCAGAACUCAAGCUAUCGAUAUAACAGCGAAAUAUAUUCUAGAACGGCUUAAUCAUGACACUGUUAACAAUCUCGUCAAAAUUGCCUUGUUCACUUUGCCAGAAGAAAUGCCAGCUGCUUUCGCUUCAUCCUACACUCCGAUUGCGAACGCUGGAACGGAAUCCAACCGAAAAGAGCUUUCGGAGCUCAUGGCCGCGCAAAUGGUUCACAAAGAAGUUGGUCCCGGAUACGAAUGGCUGGUUCAAAAGCGGAGGAAAGAGCACGAGGCGAAAACCAAAGCGAGAAACGAGGGAAUCGCUAUUGCCCCUACACCGCAUCAUGAGCCGAAUACACGAAUGCCCGUUGUGAAGCAACCAGCGGCGCCAGAGAAAGCUCCCGUAGCUCAAAAAGCGAAGAAGGCGUUCAAUUUGGUGGAGGAGACGGAGAAAAUCGACGCGAAAGGAGCGGCAGAGUUGUUUGAAUUGGCAUAUGACUCGGUGCUAGAUGCGGAGAGAAGAGCUAAUGCAGGAGGAGCCGGAAAGAUUUAUAUGAAGCUAGUUGUCAGGCUGACAACCCGGUUUUGGGAAGACUGCACGCCAUAUGAAAACAAGUUUGUGGAAUUUAUCCUUGCAGAUCAUAAGAAACGAUUCGAUUUGGCUCAUCUUUGGCUCUGCGAGCUGUACGCCCAAUACCAAGGAUACUCAAACUGUGCACUCAGGAUUAAGGAUGCGAUAGCGAAUCAAGAUGGAAUGACACAACCGCAGAGGUUAGAGAGAUAUGACAAUGCGGUUUGCAAGAUUAUGGAUGAGAUGUUGGAGCGAAAUCUACAGAAAGAGACUAUAUUUUAUAAGCUUCUACUGGAAAUACCUCUUCUGACGCCAAAUGCCAUGUGUCGGUUACAGAAUGUUUGCUUAGGAAAGGAUAACGAGACAGGAAUGUUCAUGCUUCGUGAAACGCUGAUGGUUCGGAAUAGACAACGACCCCAACUGCUUCAAUUCUUAUUCAGUCUCUGCUUCAUGGACCGUCCAGAAGUUCACAAAGGAUGUAUGGAUGUUGUCAAAGAGCUCAGUCAUCUGCCAUUUAUUCGAAGCUCUCUUUGCGAUCAGGCUAGAAUGCAGCUCAACGAUUGUUUAGAGGAGAAGCCACCAGCGUAUAUGAGAAAGCCUGGUGCGCCUGAAGAGUGGACCGAUGAGAUCUACAAAAAUUCACUGUCAGUUUACUCGAUUUUGAUGCCGGUAGACCCGACGCUUCUUCUUCCGUUAGCCGCUGUUUAUGCAAAAUCGACGAAUAUGUUCAAGCGGUCGAUUCUGAGAGUUCUAGAGCCAGUGAUGCGACAGCUCAGCCAGGAGAGUGUGAUUUCUUUAAUCGUCGAUUGUCCACACGGAGCCGAAACUCUUGUUGCGCGUCUAGUCGUUUUGAUUUCUGAAAGAGACAGACCAUCGCAGGAAUUGAUUCAGAAGCUAAAGAUACUUCACGACGAGCGGAAGAUGGAUAUUCGCGCUUUGCUUCCUAUCAUAUUCGGACUCGAAAAAGAAGAAGUCAUGCAACUGAUCCCAACGUUCAUUUUCAAAACGGAAUAUCAGAAGUCAGUAAGCACACUGUUCCGGAAGAUCUACACAGCGCGCGACUUCAAAACAGGAGAGCUCAAUUUCGAUCCGGUCGAUGUCAUUCAAAGAUAUCACAAAAUCGAGCCGAAGGAUGAUCAUGAAGCUGAAUUGCUAGUAAAUAAUCUGGAAUCUCUCUUCGAUCCUGCAGUGUUGAAACCGGACCUGGCUUCUAAAGGAAUCGAAGCCAUCUUCAAGUGGGAGCAAGUGCCAUUCCUUUUCCUUCACUCACUAUACACACUUUAUCAUAAGUUCAAAACCUUCGACUCGUUCGUCGCCAACCUCUUCUACAAAGUCACGGAGAAGAAGAUGUAUCAACAGUCUGAUCGAUGGAAGAAGGCAUUCUUCAAAUGCAUUCGAGAGAUGAAGGCGAAGGCGUACCCGGCAGUGUUGAUCCUGAUCAGUUUUGAAGAGUACGAAGAGCUAAAAGCAGAGUUGGGACCUGAAUGUGUCACUGAAUUCAAGGCCAUCUAUCAGACGCUGUCCACGUUGCAGCAGAAGAAUAUGAAUUCAAGCUCUGUGAAGCUGUUCUGCUUCUUAUUAAUCCGACGAUUUUCAGCGAAAAAAUCAAAGAGGAGCUGUACGACAAGGAGCGUGAAACUCGUGACCGUGAUCGACGUCUCCGGCGAGAAGAACGGAAGGAACGGGAGAAGGAAAAAGAACGGAGCACUCGACGAUGAAAUCGCCACGUCAUCUGCAGCUACUACAAUGUUCAAUAUCUCAAUAACGGGUCUUUUAAUUUGGUUUUUCUUUCAUUCUUUCAUACAGAUUUCUUGUUCAUAUCUCUAUUACUCUUGUCUGAAAUCAAUGCACGUUGUGGCCGAGAAAACUACGGUGGGCGGAGCUUAG